AUGAUUUCCAUAUCUGGAAAAUGUCUCACUGAUUUCGGCCUACCCCCAUCGCAGCGAAGAGGGGAAUUAUCAAGCGAAGUUGUGAAGGAGCUAAACUACGACACCGCGGUUUUAGAAGCGCAGGUCAAUGAAAUGAUACCACGAUUACUUUCCGAACAGCGUCAAAUCUACGAAACGAUUCUGAACCGAGUAAAUAGUGGAGAGGAAGGAUUAUUCUUUCUUGACGCACCAGAGGGUACGGGUAAGACGUUUGUGCUGAAUCUCCUGCUAGCCCAACUCCGCAAGGACCGCAAUAUAGCUCUGGCUGUAUCUUCUUCGGGCAUUGCUGCAACUUUGCUUAACAGUGGCCCUAUUGAGCAUUCCAUUGCAGCUUAA